AUGGCAGAAACGCCAUCAGAAUCAAUUUCCGCGGAUAAAGUAGUGGUAUGGUAUAGUUCUAGCGAGCAGAGCAUCUCCGCAACAAUGGCCGAUUUUCUCAAUGACAAUGGGGUGACCCCGAGCGUCAGAACGCUGUACUUCAUUGAUGCAAUGGGCCGGUUCCCAAUAAAAGAGUUCUGUCAGCUUUUACCGCCCCAGGAAAACGGCGCCUUGUUUGAAAACGUGCGCGUUAUGGCCAGUUUAGACUUGGGAGAGCUGAUCGAUGUGGUUGGCAAAAUCGCGCAGUUUACCCAAGUGGCACGGUCGGCGCAUUCACGAGACCCUGUAAAAUCCCCGAGCCCUCAAGUGCUAGUCUUCCUGCGAGGUCUGGACGUCAUGUUCCGUAACACUGCAUUGAGGGACCAAAGUCGGGCGCAUCUGCUGCUCAGGGAUAUCAUGCUACGUCUCCGCAUGAUUGCAAAGUCUUCAACUUCUACCACGAAAACUAUUGUGCUUUUCCCCGCUUUUCACAAUACAAAUGAGAGUUCUGCAGACGCCUCACAACCGCCUUCCAAGAAACACAAAAUGAAUCCCAGCUCUCUUAACAAUAACUCCCUCGCCGCCUACAUCAGCAAAUACUAUGCGGAUCGUAUCGUAGUUCUUGGGAAGCCCUGA